AUGGACAACCCCAAGGAUCGCAUUGAGGCCAUGCGCCUGAUUCUCCGGGUCAUGCAACUAUUUGGCCUCUGGCCCUGGUCCUUAAGAGCUGGAGCGGAGUGGACUUUCUUGGGUUUCAUUAAGCGCAACUAUCGCUUCCUGCUGCACCUGCCCAUAACCUUCACCUUCAUCGGACUCAUGUGGCUGGAGGCCUUCAUCUCAAGCAACCUGGAGCAGGCGGGCCAAGUGCUCUACAUGUCCAUUACGGAAAUGGCCCUGGUAAUAAAGAUCCUGAGCAUCUGGUACCAUCGCACUGAAGCCUGGCAGCUGAUGCACGAGCUCCAGCAUUCACCGAACUACCAAUUGCGCAAUCAUGAAGAGCUGGAUUUCUGGCGGCGGAAGCAGCGCUUCUUCAAGUGGUUUUUCUACAUAUACAUCCUGAUAAGUUUGGGUGUGGUUUAUAGUGGCUGCACUGGCGUGCUUUUCCUGGAGGACUACGAACUGCCCUUCGCCUACUAUGUACCAUUCGAGUGGCGAAAUGAGAGGAGGUACUGGUUUGCCUAUGGCUACGAUAUGGCUGGAAUGACGCUGACCUGCAUAUCGAAUAUAACCCUGGACACCCUGGGAUGCUAUUUCCUGUUCCACAUCUCUCUUUUAUACAGACUGCUGGGCUUGCGAUUGAGGGGUCUUAAGAAUAUAGAUGACGACUCCUACUUUGGCCAGGAGUUGCGUGGCAUCUUCAUGUUGCAUCAGAGUGUACGAAGAUUAACCCUCAUUUGCCAGAAAAUUGUGUCACCUUACAUCCUAUCUCAGAUAAUUUUGAGUGCCCUGAUAAUCUGCUUUAGUGGAUACCGCUUGCAGCACGUGGGAAUUCGAGAUAAUCCCGGUCAGUUUAUAGCCAUGCUGCAAUUUGUGAGUGUCAUGAUCCUGCAGAUCUUUUUGCCAUGUUACUAUGGCAAUGAGAUAACCGUCUAUGCCAACCAACUGACCAACGAAGUAUAUCACACCAAUUGGCUGCAAUGUCGGCCCCCAAUUCGCAAGUUGCUCAACACCUAUAUGGAGCACCUCAAAAGACCAGUAACUAUUCGGGCUGGAAACUUCUUCGCCGUUGGACUACCCAUUUUCGUUAAGACCAUCAACAAUGCCUACAGUUUCUUUGCUCUUCUACUAAAUGUUUCGCAGUAA